CUCGUGACGCGUUGUUGCUCAGUGCGCUGUGUUGUGUGUUUUGUGUCACAACGGAAAUUAAUUAUAUUUUCUAGAACUAACCAAGACUUCGUACAUUAAUUGACUUAUAUGUGCUGAACGGUAUCCACCUCAACUUGAAUAAAUUAAGGACACAAUGUCAUGUCCAGUCUGAUGGAGAAUUUACAAUAUUAAUCUGUAUGAGCAUGGUCGUAAUUUGACCAAGCUGGUGGUCUGCAAAGCCAAAAAUCGCUGGACUCCUGAGCUUCAACUGCCCUAGAGAUGGACGGGGCGGGGCCGGCGCUGGUGCGGCGCGGCUCCAUGCGGAAGCUGCUGCCCAGCGUACCGGACCAGCAGCAGCAGCUGGCCAUGAGUAACCAGCUGAUCGACAGCCGGACCAGCUCGCCGCGCGGCGCCCACUGCUACGGGCCGUUCUUCCUCGAGUAUGCCCUGCUGGCCGAGUACAACCUGCUGCAGCGGCAGCGGCUGCCCGGCGUGUACACCGUGCCCGCCGCGCGGACGCCGCUGGUGUGGUUCGGAGUGCUGUUCAUACGGCAGGGCUACUACCAGGAGGGCGUGUUCCGGUUCUCCGUCAUCAUCCCUGAGCAGUUUCCCGACGGAGACUGCCCGCGAGUGGUAAUGGAGACGCCCGUCUUCCACCCGCUCGUCCACCCGGAGACGGGCGAGGUGGACAUCCGGCGCGGCUUCCAGCGGUGGAAGCGCAACUCGCAUCACAUCUGGCACGUGCUGCUCUACCUGCGGAAGGCCUUCUACAAGAUCGAGACGGUGCAGCCGUCCAACCCGGAGGCGGCCGUCAUGUUUGAGAAGGCGCGUGACAUGUUCGCGCUGCGAGCCGCCGAGUGUGUGAAGCUGAGCAGGGACCGGCUGAUGGACCCGCCGGCCUCUGACGACCCGCACAGUAUUGUGUUCAGCCAGUUCCGGCCCGAGGUGCACGAGCCCGUCCGACAGGCCAUGCUCCAGCCCAAGAAGGAGGAGGACCUGCCCUCGGGACCGGCCAGCGCCGGCUACUCCUGGGUCCAGCCAGGCACUCUGGACAUCUUCUCCAAGCCCGAGUCGCUCUGAGGUCCGCCCGCCGCGCCGGACAGCCCGAGUGUGACGCUGAGUGACGUUACGGAGGGGUGAUGUGACGGCGAGUGACGUGACGGACGGGCAGCGUGACGGCGAGUGAUGUGACACUGAGUGACGUGACGUCAGCCGGGCCCUCGGACGGUGAUGCGCCGCCGAACCAAAGCGCCCGAGAGACUGUGAUUGUGUGUGUGAUAAAGAGUUACUUCCUCGAAGACGCUAGUACGUGGCUCCAACUAAGGACUGCAACAGCUAACUUUAAAGGGACCCUCCCACCUUAACAUUAGUUUUGAGUUGAGAUAGCCAAGUUUGCGGCCAGGCUCAGAAACCACCAUUUAUCCUGGUCGCAACCCCCGCAGCUUUAUGGUGUUCAAGAAAUUUAUUCCCUUUACUUGCAGGGUGGGACCAGCGUGGUCCCUAUCUCUUAACCAUUACGGGAAUCUGAUGACGUCAUCAGGCUUUCGAACGUCCGUUAAAUGUUUGAUUAAAACGUUUUGUAGCGCGCGGUGGUAUAUGCUGCUUUGCGCGCAACAAAUGCCGCACUUUCAAAUAAAGUCGCUAGGAACAGCGGAGAUCCCAAAAAGUAAACAAAAGUAAAAGUCUAAUAUCUUGAAAACCGGUGAAUAUUUUUCGAUGAAAUUUGGUAGAUAUUCGUUUUUGCUCUUUCUGAACCGAGCGACAUCACUUUCAUGCCAAUUCAUUAACUUUUUUGAAGGUGGGAGGGUCCCUUUAAACUCGAAGAUUACCAUCGUCAAGAGUGACGUAAUGAAUCAUAGUGCAGUCUGCAGGUGGACAAACACCCCGCGCAACUGACUUCCUAUUAGUGGCGACGGAUGGAGAGACAUCUACUACGCUGUGAGGCGGACGACCUUGCAGUAGCGACCCACCCGACGAGCCGUCUGGCAGUACAGGGGACCGCGGCGACAAAAUCAAUGAUAUUCUGAGAACGAGAGCCGCGGGGCUGCGAUAUUGACCGUAGUUAGCCGUGUAGUGCGGGACCCGCCGAGACGGGUUCGGCGAAUAUUGUAUAACAAUAUUGUAUAACAAUGUAAAACAAGACGUAGUUUGGCAGCCGAUUCAGAGUGAAUUUCGCUUGCAUGCGUCGUUAGGAGUUGAAGUCUGAGGCAUGAAAUACGAAGCACAAGUACAUCCUAAUAGUUCUUCACCAUUAAUAUUUAAACAUUAACAUGUAUGUACCGAUUGUAUGUGAUGCUAUGCUACGUUUGUUCCUCCCUGAUCAUAAUUGAUAUUCGUAAUUGUAUGUUGCUGAUCUAUGAAGGCGAUUGCCGAUAUUGUAUCCCGCUAGUGUGUCUUCCAUGGUUGCGCGCAUUCCCUCUAUGAAGUCCACCGUUACCCCGAUUCCAGGGGCGAAGUGACACUGACAUGGAUAAUAUGUCCCGCAUAAUGAUGUGUGAAUGAUCCGUCUCGUCUGACGAAUUCCUAACCCGUUUUAAUGCCGACACUGACGUGCUUCCUGUGAUUCUAGUAGCGGCGGAACCGAACCAGGCCUGGACGCAGCUUCUAAUUAGAGCCUGGCGCCGCCGUGGUUAUUUAAUAAAUGGCUAAUGCAUC